AUGAAAGGCCAAAAGCGUUUGACUAUUGUCAUCAAAGUCGGCAGCUCGUCCAUAGUCGACGAAAAAACACACGAACCCAUCCUGCCCAUCCUCUCACUCAUAGUCGACACAGCCAUCAAACUCCGUCGCGCCGGUCACCGCGUCGUCAUCGUCUCCUCGGGCGCCAUAGCAGUCGGCCUCCAACGCAUGACCAUCGCCAAGAAACCAAAACUCCUCGCUCAGAAACAAGCCCUCGCCGCCAUCGGUCAAUGCCGACUCAUCGCCAUCUGGGACAGUCUAUUCGCGCACAUGAACCAGCCUGUGGCACAGGUGUUGCUGACGAGAAACGACAUCGCGGAUCGGUCGCAGUACCUCAAUGCGCAGAAUACGCUGAACGAGUGUCUGGCGUUUGGGGUUGUGCCGAUUGUGAAUGAGAAUGACACGUUGAGUGUGAGUGAGAUUAAGUUUGGGGACAAUGAUACGUUGUCGGCGAUUACGGCGGCGAUGGUGAAUGCGGAUUAUUUGUUUUUGAUGACGGAUGUGGAUGCGUUGUAUGAUAAGAAUCCGAGGGCGCAUGCUGAUGCGAGGGCGAUUGAGGUUGUGGAGGAUAUUGAUGCUUUGACUGUGGAUGUGUCUUCGUCGGGGUCGGCGUUGGGAACUGGUGGGAUGGCUACGAAGAUUACGGCGGCACGGUUGGCGACUAGUGCGGGUGUUACGACUAUUAUCACGAAGAGCAGCAAGCCUGGGAAUGUAAAGGAGAUACUGGACUAUCUGCAUCCUCGGGAGGCUCCAGUGCAGGGGACCGUGUUCACAAAUGGAAGUGUCCUUCCUGAGCGACAGGCACCUCUACAUACAAGGUUCGUGCCGACCGGAGUGCCGAUGCGAAAUCGAGCGUUUUGGAUUUCGCAUGGACUGGUGCCACAUGGGACGAUCUAUAUUGACCGAGGCGCGGCAACUGCUCUGCACAACAAGGCUGGUCUAUUGCCAGUUGGUAUUGUGGAAGUGAGCGGCACAUUCGCCCAGCAAGAAGCUGUGAGACUAGUGGUCGUUGACAGACAGCCAAUCGGAUCGCUCUCACCAGCACCAUCUGAUGAGCCUGGUCAAAGAAACUAUUUUACUCUGCUGUCGAAAGGAGAAGAGAUCGGACGUGCUCUGGUGAACUAUAGCUCUGAACAAGUUGCUCUUGUCAAAGGUCUUAGAAGUACCGAAAUCUCGAGAGUGCUUGGAUAUGCUGACAGUGAGUAUGUGGCAUACCGAGAAAACGUGAGUCUCAACAUAGAACAUCGAAGCAGGCCGGAGACGCCUGUUGGAAUUGGCAGCAGGACACCUGAGGGGAGCAUUUCAGAUCUGCGAGAUUUGAGGACCGAAGUUCUGGCUGGCAUGCAUAGGCGGGAAACGAGCAUGGAUAUGCAGGACUUGCAAUCUCCUCCCCAGCAGGUGCAAGACCACUUGCAGGAAACUGAAGAAGUGGAAGUCGCGAGGACCAUAGCUGAGCACUAG